AGGAGGGACAUACAAGUAUUAUGUCAGAGGAGCUCAAUACCGGGGUGAAGAGGAGGAUUACAUAAUCGAAUCACGGCGUAACAAACACAUUGCCUUGUAUGAUCGGUAUUUGAGAAAGUUUCAAUAUGGAAAUGCAUUGGAUGCUGCAUUAAGACCUGCAAGUAUUAAGACCGAUUGUUACGUUGCGGGUACCCGUGCGAUAGUGACUGUUUCACUCUUAUACGAAUUGAUACAUCGUGGAGGUCUGAGACAAGCACUCAAAGGAAGAGACGAUGUCUCAUUAGAACCUAUAUUAAAUUUCUUGUUAAAAAACAUUAACAAUAUGCGAUAUGCUAGCCUCUUGGUUGACGUUGGAGAGACGACUCUGGACAUGUACGCCUCGGUUUUGAGCCAGUCGCCGAUAAUCGAAAAGUUAAUAUCCAAAUUACGGACAAAAGUGCAACAAGAAGUAAAGAUUCAGACAGAACUAUCAAAAGUCCUUGGAUCUCUGCAGAUGAUAAUGUCAAAAGGGAUAAUUAACAAAAGAGCACCGGAUGAUAUAAACAUGCAAAAUGAAAUUUGA